AUGUCAGUAGUAACAUUAUUUGAAAGUUUAUCAAAUGAAUUAAUUAUUGAAAUAUUUGAAUAUUUUAAUGGUUAUGAAAUUUGUAAAUCAUUUUCAAAUUUGAAUUCACACUUUCAACAAUUAAUUAAUUCAUCAUUUGUUUUAUUUAAAUUUUAUUCAAAUGAUUUUAUAGCUGAUAAUCAACUUUUACUUAAUCAUAAACAUCAACUUAUUUCAUUACAAUAUGAUGCAUCUCUUUCAUCUUAUUCAAUUGAUUCAUCAUUUAAUCAUCUUGAAUCCCUUAUUAUUAAUAAUAUUUCAUCAAUUAAACUUCUUUCUAAUUUAUCUUCAUUACCUCGUCUUUAUUCUUUAACAAUCGAUACACAAUCUAGAUUCGAUGAUUUAACUCAACUUUAUCAAUUAGUUUUUACUUUACCAAAAUUAAAAUAUUUUAAAUGUAUAUCAGAAAUACGUACAUUUUGUUAUUUACCAUCAAUAAUUAAUGACAAACAAUUAAGUAAUAUUGAAUAUCUAUAUUGUGAUCAUACUUGUACUAUUAAUGAACUUUCAACAAUAAUACCUUGUUUACCAAAACUUCGUUCUUUAUCAUUUUGUAAUUCAAAUCAUGAUGAUGAUGAUGAUAAUAAUAAUGUUAUUAAAAAAAUUCAAUCAAAUAUAACUCAUUUAUACAUUCAUGAAGAUCCAAUAACACUGAAUAAUCUUAAACUAUUAAUUAAUGAAAAUUUAGAAGUUUUAUCAUUAGAUUUUGCUUAUGAAGAUAUUGAAUAUUUUGAUGCUUAUCUAUGGGAAAGUUUUAUUUCAAAAUAUUUACCAAAAUUAGAAAAAAUUUAUUUUACAUUCGAUACUUAUUAUGGUAAUGAUUAUGAACCACCUAUAUUAUAUAAUGGAAUUCCAAAUAAAUUUAAUUCAUCCUUUUGGAUUCAACGAAAAUGGAUUUUGGAAAUAAGAAUUAUUUUUGAUUCAAUUUAUUAUUCAAUAAAUCCAUAUAAAAAAAGAUGGUAUGAAAAUGAAAAUGAUUAUUCAAAAUUAGUUCAUUUAAUUAUUGAAGAUGAUGAUCCAGUUAAACCAUUUACAAUAAAUCAAUAUUUAAAUCAUAUAUUAAAUCUAACACAAAUUUUUCAUUUAGAAAUUCAAGAAAUAAUUUCUUUGAAUAAAUUAUCUCAAAUUUUAUUAUUAUUACCAGAUCUUCAAACAUUACAUCUCGAUUCAAUAUCAUUUUUAAAUUUAGAUGAUAUAUCUGAUGAAGAAUUUGUUCAUUUUAUCGCUCUAAUAAAAAAAAAUCAAAUUAAAAAACUUUUUCUUGAAAAACGAAUUGGAAUUGAUGCAUUUGAAUUAUUAUUUACGAUUUUUCCACAUUUAAAUUAUCUUCAAAUCAAUUGUCGUGAUUAUCAAUAUACUCAAUUUUUAUUAAAAUAUCUUUUAAAACAUCAAAAUAACAAUUUAAUUCGAUUAUUUUGUUUUUCAAUUCCAUUCGCUGAUGAUAAAAUGAUGAAUAAAUUAAAAAAUUUAAUUAUUCAAAAUUCUACCUCAAAUUUUACGAUUCAACGUGUUUCAGAUCAUAUCCAUGUAAAUAUUAUUGAAAAUUAUUAA